GCUCUCUCCCCCCUCGGGAGGUAAUUUUAACCGAGGGAGGUUGGCGCCGGCGAUGGAGCUCCGACGGACGGACGGACGGACGGCUGCCUCGCUUCAGGGGAAGAGAGGACGGCCCCGUAGAUCCCGCCGAGCUCCUGCCUGCUCCGCCUGGACCGAGAGGACGGACCGUGACCAGCCACGAUGAGAGCUCCGGCCCUCGCCUGAUCCCUUUCCUGCUCAUAAAAAUGAUCAACAAGUCUCGAGGGAAGAUACUCGGGGUGCUGGCGCUGUUUCUGGUGAUGGUUUGGUACUCGAUCUACCGGGAAGACAGGUACACACAGCUCUUUUAUUUCCCCGUCCAAGAAAACAAGACGACGUGUCCCCUUGGGGAGGUGGAAAAGAAAGCGGCGCAGCUCAUCGGGAACUACACGAGGGACCACCCGCUCUUCUUGCAGCUGAGGGACUAUUUUUGGGUGAAGACACCGUCGCUCUACGAGCUGCCCUACGGCACCAAGGGAAGUGAAGACGUCCUCCUGCGCUUGCUGUCCAUCACCCACUACUCCCUGCCCGAGAGCAUCCAGAGCCUGAAGUGCCGGAGGUGUGCGGUGGUGGGCAACGGCCACCGGCUCCGCAACAGCUCCAUGGGCGACACCAUCAACACCUACGACGUGGUGAUCAGGCUGAACAACGCCCCGGUCCAUGGUUAUGAGCAGGACGUGGGCUCCAAGACCACCAUGCGCCUCUUCUACCCGGAGUCGGCCCACUUCGACCCCCGGACGGAGAACAACCCCGACACGCUGCUGGUGCUGGUGCCCUUCAAGCCCAUGGACUUCCAGUGGAUGGAGGCCAUCCUCAACGACAAGAAGAGGGUUCGGAAGGGGUUUUGGAAGCAGCCCCCGUUGAUCUGGGAUGCUAACCCGGAGCAAGUGCGCGUCCUGAACCCUUACUACAUGGAAGUAACUGCUGCUAAAGUGCUCAACCUCCCCAUGAAGCAACCACGGAAGGUCAAACAGAAGCCCACCACGGGGCUCUUGGCCAUCACCCUGGCACUGCACUUCUGCGACCUGGUGCACAUCGCGGGCUUUGGCUACCCCGACUCGGGCAACAAGAAGCAAACCAUCCACUACUACGAACAGGUCACGCUCAAGUCCAUGGCCGCGUCAGAGCACAACGUGUCACACGAGGCCGUGGCCAUCAAGCGGAUGCUGGAGCUGGGACUGGUCAAGAACCUCACCUACUUCUGAGGGUGGCAGGGAUGUCACCCCCCGCUGCGAGGGGACACGAGCGCCCGCCGUGAGGGGACACGGCCCGAGGGCAGAGUGUCCUGGUCGCUGCCCGAGCAGAGUGUCCUGGUCACGCCGUCACCGCG